AUGUCAGGACAACCGGAGUCUUCAUCGGCGGGAGGCCGCAAAGCUCUUAACGCAAAUACAAAUGGCGCAGCACCCGAAUAUGAAUUGCCCUGGGUGGAAAAGUACCGGCCAGUCUACCUGGACGACGUUGUGGGUAACACGGAAACGAUUGAACGACUCAAGAUCAUUGCAAAAGAUGGGAAUAUGCCGCAUGUCAUUAUCUCAGGAAUGCCCGGAAUUGGCAAGACAACCUCAGUACUUUGUCUAGCGAGGACUCUUCUGGGCGACGCAUAUAAAGAAGCUGUUUUGGAGCUGAACGCCAGUGAUGAAAGAGGUAUAGAUGUUGUCCGGAAUCGUAUCAAAGGCUUCGCGCAAAAGAAGGUGACGCUGCCGCCGGGGCGGCACAAAUUGGUGAUCCUAGACGAAGCAGACAGCAUGACCUCUGGCGCCCAACAGGCUUUGAGGAGGACGAUGGAGAUAUACUCGAACACGACUCGCUUCGCUUUCGCUUGCAACCAGUCCAACAAAAUCAUCGAGCCGCUUCAGUCCAGAUGUGCAAUCCUUCGAUAUUCGCGGCUGACGGACGCGCAAGUGGUGCAACGACUGCUGCAGAUCACCGAGGCGGAAAAGAUCGAAUAUUCCGAGGAUGGCCUGGCGGCUUUGGUGUUCAGUGCCGAGGGAGACAUGAGACAGGCCAUCAACAACUUGCAAAGUACCUGGGCAGGCUUCGGAUUUGUCAGUGGGGACAACGUCUUUCGCGUGGUGGACAGCCCGCACCCAGUCAAAGUUCAAGCAAUGAUCAAGGCAUGCUGGGAGGGCAAGAUUGACAGUGCAAUCGAUACGUUGAAGGAGUUGUGGGAUCUGGGUUAUUCGUCACACGACAUCAUAAGCACCAUGUUCCGGGUGACCAAGACGAUUCCGACGCUUUCGGAACACUCGAAACUUGAAUUCAUCAAGGAAAUCGGCUUCACCCAUAUGCGCAUUCUCGAGGGAGUACAAUCGUUCCUGCAACUGAGCGGCUGUCUGGCGAAACUGUGCAAGAUCAACAUGAAACCUGAAUUAUUCGACGCUCCGGUAUGA